AUGGAAGAUACAGAUCUAAAAUUGGAACUUCACCAACAUUUCUGGCGCCAUCGACGAAAUUGUGGACGUUGCAGCGGACGAAACAGUCAAAAUUCAUGGGCCUACCAGAACUCUAAUUGCGUCCUAGACAAUCACAUUGUGCGACGGAAGCCGACAAAAGAAACAAAACAGCAGACAAAGCCGUCCAAGCCCUUGAAGAAGAAAGCUGUCAAUGAGGCGGCUAUGUUAGCCAAAGGUCUCGUCAAAAUUAGCUACACUGUGGACGACGAUUUUGAUGCUGUCGCAAUGCAGGCGGCACAGAGUCACAUCAGAACGAUCUGGAUUGAAGAUUACAGCGAUCUGGAAGCUGAUGUAAUCGACAACGGUGAAGCAAACGUGGUUGAUCUGGCCAAAUUGAAGGCUGAGGUUGAAGAAGCCCUUCAGAACGCCGAGCGAGAAGGUAAUUGA